AUGUGCGAGCUCAGCGACACUACCAAACGAAAGCCAGCCUAUCGGUUUACAAACACAGCCGACGUUGACCUCCUAAACGAGGUCGUAUUGGUGGCCCCGUUCGAUGCGGGCUAUGGGCAAACAACUGCUAGGUGGGAUGAGAUCGGUGACAACAUGAGAAGCAUCCAUGGUGAAGCCAUUACAGCAAUCUGCUGCCGCAGGCGGUUCGACGACUUGCUGGCCGCAUUCAAAAAGGCCACUCUGAAGGCCCUUCGUUCGUCAGGCACGGAAGAGGAAUACAACGAGCGUGAUCAGCUCCUGCAGGACAUAGUUGACUUGAUUGAUGCUGCAGCUACAAAGAAGAAGGCGUUAAAGCAAGUUCAAGAUAAGCGAGAGACCGAUGGCCACCUCAUCCGUGAGGCGGCGCUCGUGAGUUUGAAAAGAAAAGCUGUCGACGACGAAGUGUCGCCACUAAAGGGGGCGGUGGCGAACGAAAAACGACUCGUUACUGCAGUGAAAGAGGCUGCCUCUGUGGUUGCCACGUUUACCGAGAUGAUGCUGGAAUCAAACAAAAUCAAAGCAGAAGAAGUUGCGACCAAGAAGGAAGAAAUCAUACUCGCCCAGCAGAAGCUGGAACUCGAACGCGCACGAUAUGAACUUGACAAGGCUGAGCGUGAAGCCCGUUUUGCAGUUGAAAAGGAGCGCGAGCACAAUUGA